CACUGCACUCCAUUUUGUUUUCUCACGCUCACGAAGAAUAUUUUUUCGCUAGAUAUUUGUAAUUUUAAAAGAAUUCGCCGAUCGCAUCGUUGAAUUUAAGUGCUUUAAAACAAAUUUCAAACCAUGGGUCGCAAGAAGAAGAAGGCCUCCAAACCCUGGUGCUGGUACUGCAACCGUGAGUUCGACGAUGAAAAGAUCCUGGUGCAACAUCAAAAGGCCAAGCAUUUCAAGUGCCACAUAUGCCACAAAAAGCUGUACACGGGUCCUGGUCUGUCCAUCCAUUGCAUGCAAGUGCAUAAGGAGACGGUCGACAAGGUUCCAAACUCGUUGCCCAAUCGCUCAAACAUUGAAAUUGAAAUAUUCGGCAUGGAUGGAAUACCAGUUGAGGACCUCCGGGACCACGAGAAGCAGAAGAAUGGCGGAAAAUCCGAUUCCGACGAUGACGAGCCGGUGGCAAAGAAGAAAGUUGAAUAUUCCAUGAGCGUACCCCCUCCCAUGAUGAUGCCACCCAAUAUGAUGCCCCCUCAUAUGCUGGGGCAAUAUGGCAUGGGAAUGAUGACACAUAUGCCGCCGUUGCCUCCUUACCCGGUACCCAUGAUGCCUCACAUGAUGCCGCCGCGUCCCCUGUUUCCAGCUGCGAUGGCCACUACCUCGGCGGCGGCUGCAGCAGCAGCGGCGCAUCAUCAUCACGCUGCGGCCAUGGCCCAGCAGAAGCCAACGUUUCCAGCAUACAGUAAUGCUACCAUAAGUGCUCCACCCACCACCAAUCAUGCUGGUGGUGCAUCAAGCGCACCACCAAGUGGCCCGCCCGAUGCACAACAGCAACAGAGCCGUCCGCCAGUUCCCAAUGCCUCAUCAGGUGGGGGACCUACGGCCGUUGUUAGCACAAAGAUUAUGCAUCCGCCGGAGGAUUCAAGUUUGGAAGAGUUGCGUGCCCGCCAGCCCAAAUAUCAGGCGCGUAUGGCUGCUGCAAUGGCCGCAAUCUCAAAUCCACACAACAGAAAGAGCCCCAGCAAUAAUGGGUCCACAUCAUCGAUGCCCGUCACACCGCCGCCGCCAUCACUGGCUGGAAUUUCGCCCACAGGCAGCAGUAGCAACAGCAGCCAUGCAGCCGCAAAUGCGAUUGCUGUCUCCACAGCCAUCUCAAAGGCCCAGGAAACCGCCGCAUUUGUGGCCGUGGCACAGGCUCAGGUCCAGGCGCAGGCUCAGGCCCAGGCCCAGGCACAGGCGCAGGCCCAGGCUCAGGCGCAUGUACAGGCGGCCCAUGCUCAAGCUCAAGCAGUGGUCCAAGCUCAGGUGCAGGCGGCUCACGUUGCCCAGGCUGUGGCUGCCCAACAGCAGGCGGUACAACAGCAUCACCAGCAGCAGCAGCAGCAACAACAGGCGGUACAACAGCAUGCCCAGCAGCAGCAACAGGAUCAAAUCAAUCGAGCUGUGAUGCUUCAACGUUUACAAGCUGUGCGGCAGCCGGGCAAUCCGGGCGCUGCUGCAGCAGCUGCGGCCGCCGCGGCUUGUGGCAUGAUGCCGUUGCCGGGCCACAUGCAGCUGAUGCAACCAAUGCUGAGACCGGCCAUGGCCAUUGGACCACAUGGAGCCCUGAUCGGUGGGAAUAUGUUAAGAGCUGCUGGGGGCCCGGGUCUGCAUGGCAUGCCGGCAGGCUUAAUGCCAAUGCAGGCAAUUGGAUUGCCCGGAUUCAAUGGAGCACUGCCUGCGGGCGCCAUGCAUAUGCCAGGCAUGGGCGUAAUGCUGCAGGGUCAUCCGAAUAUGCUGCAGAUGAUGCAGCCUCGAUUCAGAUGAUGUCUGCCCGCAGCGCCGGGUCUGUUGCAGGCGCCAGCAACCCAGACGCAACCGCAACUGCAAUCGCAACCGCAGCCACAUCCUCAGCAACUGCAUGCGCAGCAUCCGCGGCCAUAUCCACGGCCAGCGGCAACACUGCAUCACCAGCCGCCAUUGUUGAGCCUGCCGCUGCCGUUGCUGUUCCACGAAUGAGGCAGAGCGCAUUGGCCAGCUAUCAACUAAACCAACAUGACACCAAACAUCAGCUAAGCAAAGCAGUCUUCAAUCGUCAGCAAGCAAGUUAUUUGAAAACUUCAACCAAAGUCAAGUUCUUUUUUCAAUGUAUAACAGUUUUUGAGACACACACACACACACACCAAACACAAACAGCAACAUACACACACACACACAAAGAUCAUGCCCACAAGCUACCCACUAACCAGCGGUUAUGCGUAGUAAAUCAGUCGAUGUCAUAUGCAUAUAUAUAUAUAUCUAUAUACAUACAAUAUUUGGUUUAUCUAGUGCACUCCUCGCUUUUGUUGUUUUUCAAAGCGAUCAAAACUGUUUUAUUUUCCACUAAUCCGAUUUAAUCAAUGUCUCUUUGAAUACAUGUACAUAUAUAUUUGUGGUCUUUGUAUAACACACAAUGUAUAACACAACCACACACGCACACUCACACUGCUAACACACACAAACACAUACGCCCCUUAAACACUAUUAAAAAAAAAUCCUCCUUCAUCUGGAGCUAUUUUGCUGUGCUGUAGAUCUCUUUCUCUAUAUGUAUCUAUAUAUCUGUAUAACCAGAAUAUUAAUCGUUGACAUUUUAUCUAUGUUGUCUAUUUUUUUUUUUAAUUCUCUUUCUUUUUUUUAGUUUUAGUGAACAUAUAUAAUUUAAACACGCCCACCCAAACACACUCAAAUUGUUUUAUCAUGUAUUUUCCUAAAAAAAAAACAACCGAAAAGAAAAGCAAAAGCAAAAGAAAAUCUUCAGAUACAAACACAAAAACCUGAACGCUCAAAGCCCUGGGUAUGUUGACAAUAGCCAUAAGCAGCAUUUUUGUGUUGUUCUUCUGUGUUAUUUGUGCGUAAAUUAUAGUUUAUCGAUCCUUAUGUCCAUGUAAAAUUCUCUGCAAACUGUUAUACUACUAUUAUAAAACAAAAACAAUCCUCACAACCUUUGUUCAGGCCCAUAUGUUGUCUCUAGAGUCUAGACCUUCGUUCGUUCAGUUGUGGCUGACAAAAAGUAAGUCUUAACUUUCUCUACAUAGUAUAUAUAAUUAUAUACAUAUAUACAUAUAUUUAUAUAUAAAUAUUCAACUCUCUGUUUGUAUCAUUUCUGUUCUUUUGGUCAUCAAAAUGUAUAUCUUUGAUGUAUAUUAUUUGGUGUGUGUGUGAGAGCGCCAGACAACAGAUCAGAGCAGGUAUCUACAUUCAAUUUGUUUUUCUUUCAAUUACUAUUAUGAUAUAAUACUAUACUAUCCUAAGUAAUUUGGUUUUGGUAUGGUUGGUACUAAACAAUACAAAAAACAACUACAACAACACCCCUACCCCCCUCUUACACUAUAGAUUAUAGCCCGUAGAGUUAUUUGUAGGAGGCAUCUAGUUAUUGAAAUCAUAAUCCACAUGUUAGCAAGUACAAAAACUAUAUUAAUCUUGAACCAUUUUAAUUUGUUGUUAUCAUAUUGUUCUUCCAACAGUUCAAAGUUCUCUAGCUUCCUUGCCUCACAGCUUCAGCUACAAAAAAAUAAAAUGGUAUAGCUACAAAUACUCGAGUACGAGUACGAGUACGAGUACUCCUCCCAUCAUGUGGGCUCUCAGGCUUUUGUUAAUCCAAUAAUCAUAGACACGAUUUUAGCUAGCCUAAGUAGUUGAUUGGCAGUUUGGAAAAUCCUAGCUCCAUUUAGUUUUGUUGUAUUUAUGGGAAAACAGCAGCAUGAUAUAGAUUGAAAUCCUUUACCCACUCCGAAAAGAUCAUUGAAUACCCGUGACCCAGCGUAGCCUAGGCUAGUACAAUUUAGCACUUCGAUCCUUGAAGAGCACCAUAACUCUACCCUAACACACUCAUCCCGAAACUAAUGCGAACUUGUUUGAGUAUCUACACACAUAAUAAACUUAUAACCCAACCAUAAUCUAUCUAUCUAUAUGUAUAAAUACAUGUAUUACUGUAACUAUAUCGUGAAACUUAA